AUCUUUCACUUUUGAGAUCUAUUUUCUCCUAACAUAACUACCAGAACAUGAUGUGAUGAUUACUAAAGCCACCAGCAAAAAGAUAGAGUUCGUAUUGAUGAAGUCACUAUGAACCAUGAAGCUCAACGAACAAUGUAAGCUCCCUCGAUAAUUUCAGGUCACGAGCUUUGAUUCUAUCAAUAUGGAGGAGGAACAGAGGUUCGAGUUUCCACCCAUGAAGUACGUUACUAAGAGGCAAUCCGGUAUGACAAAGCUAAAAAAUAUAAGUGCGUUACAGGUCAUAAUUACAGCCCAUAGGGGACCGGGAAAGGGCAUACCACUCAAGACUAUUUAGAUAUAAAUAUUUAUCACACAUAGCCUGAUCAACAACCUCCUUCAAUAUCUACCCUUUUCUGUAAAACCCUUCAAUUACUUUUUUGGUAUAAAAAUUCUCCUCCCUAAUACUAUAGUCAAACAAUAAAUCAGCAUCCAACCAUCCCAGGCUAUAAUUUACAUGACUAAUUUACAAGUGCCUAAAAUAGUUAAUGAUAAAAUGCAUCAUUAAUUUGAGAAGUCAUAUAUCAUAUAGUUCAUACUUUCUUAGCAUUAUGCCCCGUGCCCUUUAUCAAGUUGGGAGCGCCACUCACCUUUCUACACCAUUUGAACCAAGAUACUAUAGCUUACGAAUUAAUAGAAAAAAAAAACGGUUUCUAUCAUGGCAACGAAGGACCUUCUCAACUUUACUAUUUUUAAGUGUGCAAAGCUGUAAUUCAUACACUUAUAGCUCUUAUUCAGGAAAUUAAAGAUAAAAAUAGCCAAUGUCUAAUAAUAGACGAGGAAAGGCAAGCUAUAAAGCGAUCAGAAACUUGAAUCUUUGAAACAUCCCAUUCCAAUCCCACAAAUUAGGAAGACAAAAAGAGCUUCCUGAUAUUGGGAUUGAAAUGGCAGGGUUUCAAUCUCUUUCAAUAGCAUUUUUGGUGUGUGUGAUUGUGUCUAAUCACAUGGUAGUUGAUGCCAUGACGUCAAAAAACAUGGCCCUAUUCUGGGGAAAUAGUCAGUCCAAAAUAGAAGGGGAUGACCUUCAGCUUGUUCUGGACCAAAGCUCAGGCUCGGGAGCAAAGUCAAAGAGAUAUUUCAUUUUCGGAAGCUUUGAAGCUCAGAUCAAGUUCGUUCCAGGAGAUUCUGCAGGAUUAGUAACGGCAUUUUAUCUAUCUUCUGAAGGUAGCCAUCAUGAUGAGGUAGACUUUGAGUUCUUGGGGAAUGCCACCGGAGAGCCUUAUACCAUUCACACAAACAUAUUCGUUCAGGGUGUGGGAGACAGAGAACAGCAGUUUCGACCGUGGUUCGACCCCACUGCUGAUUUCCACAACUACACAAUUCACUGGAAUCCUAAUGCUGUUGUGUGGUAUAUUGAUGGUAUUCCAAUUAGAAUUUUCCGGAACUACGAGAACGCCCCGAAGCUAAAAACAGCCUUCCCUAACAAGCAAGGUAUGAGGUUAUAUACCAGUUUGUGGAAUGCACAGGAUUGGGCAACUCAAGGAGGGCGUGUGAAAACCAACUGGGCCAGCGCACCGUUCACGGCUAGCUUUCGCCGCUUUAGGCCAAGAGCUUGUCCCUGGAAUGGAGCGCUCAGCAUUAGCCAAUGUGCCUCCAACUCCCCAACAAACUGGUGGACUUCUCCAAUUCAUGCACAGCUAAGUGCUUCUCAGUCGACCAAGCUUAGGGAAAUCCGCGAGAAAUACAUGAUCUAUGAUUACUGCUUAGACCCUACACGUAGACCCAACGGGGUACUGCCACCAGAAUGCUAA